UUUUCAUAUGUUUGCCAGUAUAUUGCAACCUGAAAAUAAAGUCGCACAUACAUCUUUAAGUGGUGGUCAAUUGAAAAUUAAUGAUGGCAUUAUAUUAAAGCCAGGUGAUGGCGCUUUCAUUACUGAAGUCGUUAAUGGUGAAGAAUUUAUUUUUGAAUCUGUCGGUAAAGAAGCUGUAGAAUUUGUUCUUUUUGACUUAGCUUAAAUGUAAUCUCUCAUUUAGAGGUUUUAUGUAAAAUGUUACAAAUAUAGCAAAUAAUUAUUUAUUUAGAG